AUGCUGCCGCUGCUCCGGAGCUCCGAGCACAAUCAGGCCGACGGUGAGGAGCUUCAGCCCGGCCGAGGAGGCUCCGUUCCCGCUCACGCGGACCUGCCGGCUCUCAGCUGGUUGAAACUCAGUGAGAACGAGUUGACGGUGAUCAAUGAGACGGUCUUCCAGUCUCUGCCUGCACUAACAUAUCUGGACCUGCUUGGUAACCCUUUCACCUGUGACUGCUCUAAUGUCGGCUUCAUCCAAUGGGUGAUUAGCAACAACCAGACACAAGUUGUUAACGCCUAUCAGUACACUUGUUCCUUUCCUCCCAGUAAACAAGGAAGCAAGCUGCUGGACUUUGACAUCCAGUCCUGCUGGAUGGACGUUAACUUCCUCUGCUUCAUUUCCAGCACUUGUCUGGUUGUGCUAACUCUCCUCACAUCCUUCAUCUACCACUUUCUGAGGUGGCAGCUAACCUACGGCUUCUACCUCUUCCUGGCCUUCCUCUAUGACAGCAAGAAGAGGAAGAAGGAAGCUCCUCACUGCUACGACGCCUUCAUCUCCUACAACGUUCGUGACGAGGCCUGGGUUUACCAAGAGAUGCUUCCAGUGCUGGAAGGAGAGCAGGGCUGGAGACUCUGUCUGCACCACAGAGACUUCCAACCAGGUAAGCCCAUCAUAGAGAACAUCACAGAUGCCAUCUACAGCUGCAGGAAGACCAUCUGUGUGAUCAGCCGUCACUACCUGCAGAGCGAGUGGUGCUCCAGAGAGAUCCAGAUGGCCAGCUUCCGUCUGUUUGAUGAGCAGAAGGACGUGUUGAUCCUGCUGUUUCUGGAGGACAUCCCUGCUCAUCAGCUGUCUCCAUACUACCGCAUGAGGAAGCUGGUGAAGAGACGCACCUACCUGAGCUGGACGCAGGCUGGUGGACACAAAGGAGUCUUCUGGCAGAACGUACGGAGAGCUCUGGAGACGAGGGACGCUCCCAACGAGACCACCGACCUGCUGACCGGACCUCCAGGACGCUUUCGCCAAGGAUGCAGACGUCUUGAUGCUGAAGUUCCUUAA